GUCAGGAGCGCGACGGACUGACAUCCUGGGAACACUAUAUAAACAGAGCUUCUCGUAGAUCGGCGCACAUUGCUGCGUUAGUCAGUCGGUAGUCAAGUACUGAGCAGGGCUGAAGGUCGUCCACAGCACCGCCAGGACAAGUCAAAAUGAAGUGGGCGAUGCUGCUGCUGGUGCUGGCGGUGGGGGCGGCGCUGGCUGAGGAGCAGCAGCAAGAGAUGGAGGAACAGGCGGAAGGCAGAUUUCUGUUAAAAUCCAAGGUGGGUCUGGCGGCAGCAGCGAAAAGCUUUGCGGGCCUUGUAAGCGCUGGCUUCAGCUUGGCGGCACAGAUCGUCAUUCUGAUCGCCCUCGUCUUCAUGAUCUCCACGCUGAAGAAGGCUAAAGAUGAUUUGGAGGGAGGCGAGUAUAGCUACGACUACGAGUACUACCACGCCCCUGCCUACGAGCACGCCGGGUACGACAACAGCGGCACUAGCGGCAGUAGUUACGCAUCCGGCUAUAGCAAGAGAUCAGCGGACUUCCCCUCCUUCCUGAACCUGCCCAUCGUGCAGCGACUGACGGAGAAGAUUCACAACGCCAUCGAGCAGUACAGUGAAAUGCAGCAAUAGCGGCGCGUCACUCUCGCUCGCCAUUCCUGCCUUCCAACCUCGGGCUUUUAGUACCUUUUCUUAUUUUUCUUUUCUUAUUUAAUUUUUAUUUAUCAAGAUAUUAUUUUUGGGGUCUUUCAGUAAGCACUCGCUGGCACGAGUUGCCUCUUUCUUUCAACAUCCUCCCCAAAAAAAGUAUGUACUACGUACUAUGAAAGAAUGUAUAUAUAUAUAUAUAUAUAUAUAUAUAUAUAUAUAUAUAUAUAUAUAUAUAUAUAUAUAUAUAUAUAUAUAUAUAUAUAUAUAUAUGACAUUUCCAAGUCGGUAACCCACUAAUGUUUAUUUAAGUUGUAAUAUAUAAAGAAAAAUUCGUUACAUAGGACGGACAAGCUUCAUGACGGACUUGUUCGACACGUGACGCCGAAACGCGGCACCUCACUGCUCAACUGUUGCCCCUGACCCCAGACCUCUGACCUCCUCUUCUACGACCCAACAGGCCCACUCAUACUGCUCUUUUCUUUGUUUUCUCUCAGGUGUGAGUCAGCCACUCCCUUCCAGCACUCCUGUGCAAGGAAGUCCCUCCCCUUCACCUUUCUUUCCACUGGCAUUUCCCAAAACUUGUCCCUCUUCUUAGUGGGUGUCAGACAUAUAGUCAACAUAAAACUGUGAUCCCCUUUCAGGAUAAUGUCUAAUUCACUAGCUAUCAGUGACUGAGGCUUUCCUGCUCUCUACGUAACUUCUGCUGCACAACGUGUGACUCGUUAUUACUUGUACAUAACGCUCGACUUAUUCAUGACAAAUGUUCUUCUCUCAAGACUCUCUUGUACGACUCUAUCCAAAUUUCAGACUAACUCGACAAUGCAUUCAGUAAAAAAAUCACGACGUCAUUAAACGACUUUUACAAAUGAAAAGAAUAAAGACUGCAGACAACUUUUAUCAUGCGAUAACAAACUGAGAUGCUACAAAACGUUACUGUUUCCUGGACCAGGCGCUUCAAGACUACUUUUUUCGAGUUGAAGACUGAGACGGCAUCAGCUUUAAGGACUUGGGUGUUGGUGGCCAGGCUUGCUUGGCCAGCAGGACUCGGCAGGACACUCCCUCCCUCACUCCGCUCUUUUUCCCCCGACGCUUAAUCAUUGCGGCGAAGGCUAUCAUAUUGUUCUCCCUCACCCCGCCCCAUUCACGCCCUCCUCCUCGUCCGCCUCUUCUUCCUCCUUCUCCUCCUCAGGUGACGCACGACAAAACUCACUGCCCUGACUAACAUAACGCUGGACUCUCCUUCCUUCCUUCAUCCCGGCUUCAGUGAAGGAAGUGAAGGCACGAUGACUGUGUUGACUUGAUAGGUGUUCCCAAUACCACGUCAGUGACCCACGACAGCUUUAACGAGACUCCCUCCCUUCACGACGCUCACCUGCUGCUUCUUUCCUCUCUCUCUGCUCCCUGACCAUUUUGUAUAGAGUGUGACUGAAAACUGUACAGAACUGAGACUGUGUGUGUACAUAUGGACUGUGUUAUUUAAUAUUAUUUAUUUUUGUAUAAUAAUGCAAGUAUUUUAGGAAUAAAAUUUCAACUGCGAAA